GGCCCCGCUCCGCGCCCCGACCCGCAUCCGCACCCGCACCAUGGGGCACCCCCCGCUCGAGUUCAGCGACUGCUACCUGGACAGCCCCGAUUUCCGCGAGAGGCUCAAAUGCUACGAGCAGGAGCUGGAGCGGACCAACAGAUUCAUCAAAGACGUGAUCAAAGACGGCAACUCCCUUAUCGGAGCUAUGAGAAGUUAUUCUUCGGCUGUGCAAAAAUUUUCUCAGACCUUGCAAUCCUUCCAGUUUGACUUCACUGGGGACACGCUGACAGAUGAUGAGAUUAACAUUGCGGAAUCUUUUAAGGAAUUUGCUGAGCUCCUCAAUGAAGUUGAAAAUGAGAGGAUGAUGAUGGUACAAAAUGCUAGUGAUUUGUUGAUCAAACCGCUGGAAAAUUUCCGUAAGGAGCAAAUCGGCCUCACCAAGGAACGGAAGAAAAAAUUUGAGAAGGACAGUGAGCGAUUUUAUUCUUUGCUGGAUCGCCACUUGCAUCUGUCUUCCAAGAAGAAAGAAUCCCAGCUCCAGGAGGCUGACUUACAGUUGGACAGAGAGAGACACAAUUUCUUUGAGUCAUCUCUUGACUAUGUGUACCAGAUCCAGGAGGUUCAGGAGACCAAGAAGUUCAAUAUCGUGGAGCCCGUCUUGGCCUUUCUUCACAGUCUUUUCAUUUCCAACAAUCUGACAGUAGAACUAACACAGGAUUUCCUCCCUUACAAACAGCAGCUCCAGCUCAGUCUGCAAAAUACAAGAAAUCACUUUUCUAGUACCCGAGAGGAGAUGGAAGAACUGAAGAAGAGGAUGAAGGAGGCCCCCCAGAUGUGCAAGCUCCCAGGGCAGCCAACCAUCGAGGGCUAUCUCUACACCCAAGAGAAAUGGGCUCUGGGAAUCUCGUGGGUGAAAUAUUACUGUCAGUAUGAGAAGGAGACCAAGACAUUGACGAUGACUCCCAUGGAACAAAAACCAGGCGCUAAACAGGGCCCUGUGGACUUAACCUUGAAGUACUGUGUUAGGAGGAAGACAGAAUCCAUCGACAAGAGAUUCUGCUUUGACAUUGAAACUAACGAAAGACCAGGGACUAUAACACUGCAGGCCCUUUCUGAAGCAAACAGACGGCUGUGGAUGGAAGCCAUGGAUGGAAAAGAACCAAUCUACCACAGCCCCAUAACGAAACAGGAAGAAAUGGAACUCAAUGACGUUGGAUUCAAAUUUGUAAGGAAGUGCACCAAUGCUGUGGAGGCCAAAGGCAUCACGACAGAGGGCGUUUACCGGACAGUGGGCAGCAACAUCCAGGUUCAGAAGCUACUGAAUGCCUUUUUUGAUCCCAAAUGCCCGGGAGAUGUUGAUUUGCAGAAUAGCGAUUGGGAUAUUAAGACAAUCACUAGCUCCUUGAAAUUCUACCUCAGGAAUCUUUCGGAACCUGUUAUGACAUAUAAGCUCCACAAAGAGCUGGUCUCUGCCGCCAAGUCUGAAAACCUGGAUUACAGGCUGGGAGCCAUUCAUGCUCUGGUCUAUAAGCUUCCCAACAAGAAUCGGGAUAUGCUGGAACUCCUCAUAAGACACCUGGUCAAUGUGUGUGAGCACAGCCGAGAGAACCUGAUGUCUCCCUCGAACAUGGGAGUGAUAUUUGGACCCACUCUGAUGAGGGCUCAGGAGGAUACUGUGGCUGCUAUGAUGAAUAUUAAAUUCCAGAACAUCGUGGUGGAAAUCCUUAUCGAGCACUUUGACAAGAUCUAUUCGGGCCCACCAGAGGACAAUGCUGCACCGCCAGUGCCUCCUCCCAGGGUGACGGCAAGAAGACACAAGCCCAUCACAAUUUCUAAGCGCCCACUGCGGGAAAGGACUGUUUUCUAUACUUCUUCAGUGGAAGAAAAUGAAGAUGAAACCCUUAACGGCCCUGUCACUGACAGCCCGGAAAGUCCCAAACUGCUGCCUCACCACAAGUUGCCUGUGCAGAGGAGUGGGGAAGCCGAGCCUGGGAGAAAAUCCCCAAUUAGGCCCAGUUCUGAUGGCAAGUUGGAGCCAUGCCCAGAGGUGGAUGUGGGCAGACUGGUGUCCAGGCUGCAGGAUGGAGGACCCAAGCCCCCUGCCAAAGUGGCCAAUGGUCUGAUGAUGGGCCCUGGACCGGCUAGGGUCCCCUCUCUUCAUGUGAAAAGGCCAGCUCCCAGGCCUCUGGCUCAUAGCAAGGAGGGUGACUAUGACAGCUUCAAUAAAGUGCGCUCCCCAGGAGACAAACCGGCAAUAACUCGGCCUCCAGUGCGCCCCCCGGAUCCUCCGUGCCGGGCAAUUGUGCCCCAGAAGCCAGAGCCCAAGCCAGAGCCUGUGGCUGGAGGAGCUCAGGAAACCAUGGCCUCUGUGGUGGCUUGCCGGACUCGUUUCUUUGAAACAGCUUCUCGGAAGACAGGAAGUUCCUCAUCUCCACAAGGAAGACUCACUGGGGAUGAGAGUUGAGGCACAAGUUUUUAGGAAUCCUGGCUGGUCCCAGAUGACUCCAUGCUUCUGAAAGGGCCUCCUCUAAACUCUUGUGUGCUCAGGACCCCUGGGCUGAAAGGCAGCUCCCUGCUGGAACCUGGCUAUGGAGAGUCCAGGAAACUGUAGAAUUAGGGGGAUUCUCUGGACAUGUCUUAUUUUCCCUUUGCAUCCUUUCCUCAUGGUCUCAGAACAGCUGUCUUGAGCCCAGUGGAAAGAGAGCCUGCUAACUUCCCAAACAGGCUGUGAACAUUUGGGCUCAUAUCCCCUGGGGCAGGGAAGAGAGCCACCUCCUUCCAGUUAGACUUGGAGCCAUCGGAGGCAAAGUCGGGGUGCCCAGGACUGGAAUUCUCUCUAGCCUCUGAGCCCCUGGGAAUUCUGCCUUCGAGGGCUGCCGAGUUCCGAUGGAGUUGGAACACAUGCCCCAGCUCUUGGGCCUGUCACCUCAAUCCGUUCCUUUUCCCAGGCAAUGUUUGGUUAGAGCCCUGGCAUAAUCAACAUAGUUGCGUGUGUCUGGACAUCUGCCAUGCAGAGGAAACCUUUCACUGGCUGUUUUCCGCAUUUUCAAGCUGGCAGCCGUGGGUCACCCAGAGCAUGGCUGCUGUCAGAAGGUCUGACAAGAGGGGCCAAACACUCCCUGGGCUCUCUCUCUGGGUUCUCUGCCAGCUUUCUUGCAUAAGUGUUUUGGAAACAACUGCAAACAAAAAUAACACAAAACUCACCAAGCAAACAUUCUGCUUUUGAAGCCCUAGCCUUGUUUUGAGUAAAUCUCAUUCUGUUUUCCUCCUGACAGUUUCUUCCCAGAACAAAUGAGAGAAAUGGAAUUCAGAAACAUUUCUAAAAGAAUUCCUUCUGCCUGUCCCUCUUCUGGAGGGGCUGGGUUCUUGGGAUGGAUGGUAGGUUAAGGGAGCAGUGGUGAUACAAACACAGUUGUAGCAACCAAUUUCCAAUGUCGAAUCCAGGCCAAUGCCUUGGGCUCCCGAUUUCCAGUGUCCAGUCCAGGCCACUGCCUCGGGCUCCCCAUUUCUAUUCCCAACACCUUCUGUGUGUGACCUGGCCCCCUUUGGCAGCAUGGCAAAGCCUAGGGACCCCUUUGCAGAAUCACAUAUUUCCAUGCAGAGGUUUACAAAGGAAGCUCAUUCAUUGGAAUUUUGUUAGCAAAAUAUUUUUUUUCAAAGAUCCGUAGGUUUCACCAACUCCAGGUUAAGAGCCCAAACCCUACAGGAAAUCUCCCUAGAGACAUUGCCUUACAAUGUGGAGAAUCUUUCCCCCCCAUCUAGCAGGGGGCUUUAGUCUACAGGCCUUAGCUAGGCCUUAAAACGUAGCCAGUUUUCAAACUUCAGACGUUAGCUUUGCUCUGAGCCCAGGGGUCCCGUAGAUUGAAUACUACAUGAAACCCUUCCAACUGAACACCUAAUUUCAAUUUGGUACCUUUCUUACUAAUCCUUAACCUGUUCCCCAACCUAAUCUCGUUCAAACCUAGCUUAGAGUGUUCCUGCCCUGUGUGUGCAUGGCUUCUGGGCAUCGGCCCUUCUUUCUUAGCUGUUUGUGAAAUCCCUCCUCUCGGGAGAGGACCCUUCAUAGGCCUGGCAAUCUACAACUGAAGGCAAAAUAACACGGUGUGUUCGAGUUCUGGGGAGUAAACAUUUCCAUGUCCUGCCUCCCUCUCCUCCCUCAUCACCUUUCCAGUCCCAGCCCAGGAAAGCAGCUGAGCAGAGCCGUCUGCUUUCAGGACUCUCUCUGGAACAUUGGCCCUACCUUGUUCUCGGGGUUGGGUGUCUGGCAGGCCCUGCCAGCGUUGUUUAGGGUUGGCCUUUUUGCCUUUCAUCCAGCCAGCAGAGAUGGGCAGUGGUGCUCAGGGGGCAGCAUACUGCAGGAGGGUGAGAGUGUGUGUGUGUAUGGGUGUGUGUGUGUGGAGGGGUCCUUCUGUGUACCUCGGUGCUGCAGGGCUGCUAACCCAGUGUUACUGGGGCCUUUAUUGUCCUAACCAAGAAAACUUUCUCACUUUGGGUUAUUGGGGAGUUUAACACAUACAUGGUCCAAACGUUCAAGGUCUUGGGAGUGUGGGUAGAUGGUGAGUGAGUAGAGCUCUGGGCCUGGAGUCAGGAAGACCCGAGUUCAAGUCGUGCCUCAGAUAUUUAUUAGCUAUGUGGCCUUG